GGCUGCUGGGGCCGGCUGGGCCUCUGGGGGGCAUCCUCCUCCGGAGGGGCCGGGCCCGGGGAGGCGGCGCUGCUGGACACCCCAGGCCCAGCCCCAGCCCCACUGCCAUGCAGCCUUCUCCCCUCCUGCUGUUGCUGCUGCUGCUGAAGCGUCCCCCCGGGCGUCCCUGGCUCUCCCCGCCCGGCGGCAUCAUCAUCAUCAUCCUCUGAGGCCCCGGAGGAGGAGGAAGAGGCCCCUGGUGGGGAUGGGGGCCCGGGUCCGUCGGCGGCCUCCCUGGCGCUGGCUGGCGGCGGGGCUGGGCUGCUGCACCCUGCUGGCCCUGUACGCCUCCUGCGCCCUCUCCUCCGCUUCCAGGGCCAGCCUGCCCAGCCUCCUCCGGGGCCACCUGCGGCCUCAGGAGGAAGAAGCGGAGGGCUUCCCGGUGACCGUCCUUCUCUGGUGGGAGCCCUUCGGCCGCAGCCGGCGCCUGGGGGACUGCCAGAGGCGCUUCCAGAUCCCGGCCUGCCGCCUGACCACCGACCAGAGCCAGCUGCCCAGCGCCCAGGCCGUGCUCUUCCACCACCGGGACCUGGCCCUGCAUGGCCCCCGCCAGCUGCCCCCGGACAGGCCUCCCUCCCAGCGCUGGGUCUGGAUGAACUUCGAGUCGCCCUCCCACUCCCAGGGCCUCCAGGGCCUGAGGGGCAUCUUCAACUGGACCAUGUCCUACAAGCUGGACUCGGACGUCUUUGUGCCCUACGGCUACCUGCUUCCCGCCCUGGGCCCCCGGCCGGCUCUGCCCAGGAAGACCAAGCUGGUGGCCUGGGUCAUCAGCAACUGGGAGGAGGACCAGGCCCGGGUGCGCUACUACCACCAGCUGAAGAAGCACCUGCCCAUAGACGUCUACGGGGCCCAGGGCCUGCAGCUGGAGGGCGACAGCGUGGUCCAGACCGUCUCGCAGUACAAGUUCUACUUGGCCUUUGAGAACUCGCAGCACCCGGACUACAUCACCGAGAAGCUCUGGAGGAACGCCUUCAAGUCCUGGGCCGUGCCGGUCGCCCUGGGGCCGCCCAGGUCCAACUACGAGCUCUUCAUCCCCUCCGACUCCUUCAUCCACGUGGAGGACUUUGCCCAGCCCUGGCAGCUGGCCCUCUACCUGAAGUUCCUGGAUAAAAACAAGGCCCGGUACAGGAAGUAUUUUGCCUGGAGGAAGCACUACGACGUCCAGGUCACCUCCUUCUGGGACGAACAUUGCUGUCGGGUCUGCGAUGUGGUCAGGGCUUCCGGGAAGCAGCCCAAGACUGUCCAGAACCUGGCCCUCUGGUUUGAGAGUUGACCUCUUGAGCUUUCAUUUAGAAUUGCCUUUUUGAAAAUAUCUACAUAUAUGACAACGGAGCUCCUCACAUCUAGACAAAGGAUGGGUUUUAAAAAAUAAGAUAGCCAUGAUGGUUUAUUAUGAGGAAGAACCUCACAAAGUCUCUAGUCAGGUGAUACUGCUAUCAGGACCAACCAAAAUAUUGCAAAAGGGUGCUGUCUUUGAGUUCUUUGGAAGUCUUUGUAAGGCGAGGUGACACAAAACAGGAAAAUGUGAACUCUUGGGGGCAAUGAGGAUGAUGGCCUGAAAUCCAAAUUUACAAAUUUGGAUUGCUUGUGGUGAGUCCUGAAUGGGCUGCUGGCUUCACUUCUCCUCUUGGCUGUUAGAUUUCCAUGUUCACUAAAUGUGUGCAGUGCGUCCCAUACGGAGCUGUACCACUUCGGAUUGGAGAAGCCUGUUUUGUUUCUAAACAGCCGGUGUCUGAGGGAAAGGGUUAGACUAGAACUCUUUUCACUGUUUUUAUAUGCUAGGGAUUUUUUAAAAUGGGAAGCAUUUAAAAAUUAGGUUCCUCUCAUCACACAUCCAUGAAAUGUUAAAAAGAAGACUCCCACACUGAUUCUGCCAAACAAGCGCACUAAACUUGCAAUUCAACCUGCUUUUUCUGAGCGGGGUUGAAAUCAUGAUUUAUGGUGUUUGUGAGCAUGGCUGGCCAGCUUGAGAUUAGGACUUGCUGUCUCUGCUGACAUUUUCUAAUGCUUCCUUGUCAUGGUGAGGCAUGAAUAUAUUAUAUGGUUUCACAAGGCACCAUGGCAAAAUAUCAGUACAGAAUUAGUCAACAGGAAAUCUUUAAGGCAUACUGUUUACCAUAGGUAUCAUAAGAAAAUAAUUGUCCCAGUAGUGCUAUUUUACAAGCCGCUAUGUAGUAAUUGCAGUUUUAGAAUAGCAAAGUGUGCAGCCCACAUAGGAAAGUACUUUGUACUGAUUUGUGCCAUUGAUCUACCUAGAUUCUGGCUCAGUAUUGUUCACACACUAAUAACUGGCAGCAACUUUGCAGGGUUUCAGAAAGAGGUCUUUCUUAGUCAUAGCUAAAUAAGAAAGGCAGUGAGCCUGGAAACUUUUGCUUUAGCACAGAGCUACAAUUCAUCUUGACAGAGGAGGCAUUUUACAUGGAGCAGAAGAAAGUUCCAUCGGAAAUGACUUGAAGGCACACAGCAACAAAACAGCAAUCUCUAACAUAGCUCUCUGUGUGUUUUUAAAUGUUUCCGAAAUGUUUCUUUUUAAAGCGACAUCUUCCAGAAUCCCCAGCUAGCAUGGUCUUUCCAAGUUCUGUUCUAAAUCGCUCCCUGUAGUAGGAACUUCACCAUUGCUAAAACCUGAUUCUUGAGAGGAGAAGUGUCCCAUGUGCCUUGGAUAGCAGUUCUUUCAAGCAACCCCCAUUGUUCUACAGGAAUUUCAUCUGUCAUUACCCUUAAUUCUAGCAGUGCAAUGGCAAGGUUUAUCAGGACUGAACAGUAUCCUGCAUAUAGGAAGAGGGAGAAUUGAGCACAAGUAAAACACCAUAGAUUUAUUCCCUGAAAUCUACAGUUUAAGUGAAAAAGGAUGUGAAAGCAUGAAAGACCUUUAUCUUAGACCUAGACAGUUGCUGCCAGUCAGUGUUGACAGUAAUGAACUAGAUUGAUCAGGGUAAGGGAGUCUCAUAGGUGCUUCUCUGUGUGCAGACUGACAUUUGAGUUGCCAACACUGAGUUGAGUUGAUGAUCAGACAUACAAAACUGUGUAUGGAAAUACAAAAAUGUUAUUCACUUUUUCCCCCCUGGGCCCUUUGCCUAAAUUCAAUUACUGGUCCCUACAGAAUAAUCCUAUUGAUUCAGUUGCUGUUACCUAAAGCCUAUUGAACUAAUAGAUCUACUCUAGUUGGAACUAGCUAAUGGAUUUAUGCCUUUGACUCACAUCAGUGUAAUAUCAGAACUUAAUUUAGCAAACUGUGUUUUCAUAGAAGUAUUUUACAUUGCAAAUGUCAAAAAGAAACCCAUGUCUAUGACUUUUCAGAUAAGAACUGCACAGGUAUCAUCAAAACAAACAGCCCUGAAGAAUAUAAGAAGAAAUGAAGCAAACACCUCCUUUAGUUGUGAGUUUGUGCAUGUUUACAGGCAUUUAUGCAGUUUUCCUGUGGUGUCAUGGGGAAAAAAUUAGGCAUGAUUGCUUUAUCAGAUUUAUUUAUGAUGGAUUAGAGCUGCAGCAUAUGGAUGUGUAACUGUUGUAAACUUCACUCAUAUAAGUGGGAUUUAUGUCUGACAGCAGCACAUGUAUCAGAUUAUGCUAUAAUUUAUUUAUUUUUUGUUAAUAUUAGCAGUUUGUAUGAUGGAGUGAUAAAUGAAGGACUCUGGAUUAAAAAACAGUGAUCAGAAGUUAUAUUGCAAAUUACAGUUUGAAACAUUAUUUUUGGGGUACUCAAACUCCCAUCACCAAUAGAGAGAACUGACUAGUUUGGGAAGGCACUAUAACUCUGGCUGAGAAUUGGAAACAUCCUUCCCUAAAUGGCAGAUCCCAGGAUUCUGUAUCACAGAACCCAGGCAGCUAAGGUGGAAUGACAGGACUACAGUAUAAUGCUUUAGUGUGAAUGGGACCAAUGAUGUGUUUUCCUUUUACAAGCAGUAGAGCUUGGCAUUUUUAACAAUAAUGGCCAUGUUGUGAUUUUACACUAAACAAAGAGUAAGCAAAGAGCAGACUGUGGGCCACCUGUGUCAAUCUCAAGCAAAGUGUGGGCUACUAGCUGUAUGUGGCCCCAGGACUGUUUUUAGCCCCCAGGGCCUCUCAGGUCUUUUUAAUAAUAAUAAUAAUAAUAAAACUUUUAUUUAUAUACCGCCCUUCCUGUUUUUGCUCCAAUAUGCCCAAAAGUGACCUCUAAGGGAUAUGGAGGGAAAUUUCACCACAUGGAGGGGGAGGGGGGUUAGUAACUAAAAAAAGUGGUAGGGCAUUUUCACGACUUUUUAAAUGAGGGGUGGGCUUUUUAGAAACAGGAUGUGAAGAGGACUUCCAUUCAUUUCUUAUUGCUUAAAAAGGAUCCCAAAAAUGGUGAAAAUGCUUCCCAUGUACCCCAAAGGACCUUUUUUUUUCCAGGACUAUUUGCGGUGGAGGGUGGCCCUCUAAGUUUUGCUGCAGAAGGGCUGAUAUAGCCCCAUAGCCUUUCACAAUUAGCCAUCCUUGCUCAAGGUGGGAGACUUGGGCUGCAUCCACACUGCAGAAAUAAUCCAGUUUAACACCACUUUAACUGCCAUAGCUGAGUACUCAGAGCUCUACUCUGGUGCCACAACAAACUGCCAUUCCCAGAAUGCCAUUGCAUUGAGCCAUGGCAGUUAAAGUGGUGCCAAACCGGAUUAUUUCUGCAAUGCGGAUGCAGCCAAGGAGGCUCUGGAAGGUUUCAUUGUGGCUGGUGUGGCCAUCUAAACCCUUGAAGUUGGCCAUCUCUAUACUAAACAAUCACUUACAGUGACAUCAGUGUAUGACUUGUUUGAGUUCAUAUGAAGCUCACCUCCUCUCUUUCUCUCAGCUGACCUGUAAGGGGGUAUUUGGGGAACGUUUGCUUCCAUUUUUACUUGGACAUAAUUUAGUGUUUCAUCUACAUGCUAAACUGUUGUUAUUGUGACCUGUGCUUUGUGGCCUUAGUAUCUGGGGAGUCAGGAUUUGUACUCCAAAAAAUAUCUGCCCCAAGCUCUGCAGAAAUUAUGGCAAUAAUAAUUCCACUGUGCUUUCUAUUCAAGGUACAAGUGUUAUCCAAGGAAGGUACAGCUGAAAACUGCCCAUUCCCCCUUUCCCCCUAGUGUUUAUGUUUUUUUCCAUGGGAGCAAGAAAACCAAUCAAGUCAGACAUACAGUGUCUCAGUUAUCUGAAUCCAGUGAAACAGAAAUGUUUAGGAUCCCAUUUUGUGAAUGCACUUGCAGUGGAGGUAACUCAGGGAAUUUUAUACUUGCAGGGAUUUUGCUCCUUGAUACCAAAAGAAGAAAAAUACUUUUAUAUUUGUAAUCAUAUUUCUGGUAAGAUGACAAUAAAAUAAGUGGAAAAA